CUUGCUUCUUCUACUGUGGGCUCUUACGGCGAGCACUAUAAUAUGUCGCGGUCUGCUCGUGCUCCCACGGAAGCAGGAGAACUGGAGCAAGCUUAUAGGCAACGUCCGCCGUCGUUUUGUUCUCCUGGAGCCCGGUUCGAAAAUGAUCGCAGCCCGCCCGGAGCAGCUGAGCAAGUGGGCCGAGCCUCCGCUGGCGAUCGCUCUUAUUUUGCGG